CCUCCUUCCCACGCGGAGCCGUGUGUGAGCGCCUCCCCUCCCUUCCCCUCCCCUCCUCCUCUCGUGCUCACAUGGAGGCCACCCCGAUCUCCGUGAAGCCGCCGGCGGCAGCGUCGGCGGCCAUGGAGCCCCGGGAAUCUCCGCCGCCUGCCACCGGAGCGUCUGAGGCGGAGCCGUGCAGCAUAAACCAGCUCGUGCUCCCUCCGGAGCCCAAGAGGCAGAAGGUGGAGGAGACUGCGGAUGGGAACGGGUGCAAGCAUUGCGCCUGCAAGAAGUCCAGAUGCUUGAAGCUCUAUUGCCCAUGUUUUGCUGGAGGUGGUUAUUGUUCUGAAAAGUGUGGAUGCCAACCAUGUUUCAACAAAGAUGCCUAUGCAGAAGCAGUUCAGACUACGCGCAAGGUGUUACUAUCAAGACAGAAGCGUAUGUCACUGAAAAUUAAUAGGAGAUCUGAGGCUAAUGCUGAAGCUAUGGAAGAUGCUCACCAUUCUUCUUCUUCAACUCCACCAAGGAGAGGUUGCAACUGCAAGAAAUCAAGUUGCCUAAAGAAAUACUGUGAUUGCUACCAGGAAGGGACCGGUUGCUCCUUGUUUUGCCGUUGUGGAGAUUGCCAAAAUCCUUUUGGGAAAAAUGAAGGUAUAAUGGCUGAGGAUAGUAAGCGCUACCUGUACACUGGUGCAGAUUUGGAUCAUAGUGAGGGUGAACAUGACUUUGUUGUGGAGCGUUCACCUCGUAUACAGUCACCUAUCUCCAAGGAUUCUUCUUUCCACCAAACCCCACCUCAUAUCAGAGCCUCAAGUAGAGACGCACAUGUAUUCCUGCAGGCAGUGUCGCAGUGUCAGGCACUGCCUCGCUCAUGGCAUUGUUCCAAGAGGAACAGCAACGACCGAGUGAUGGAUGAUUCUGCAAACUACAAAAAUUCAAAUCAUGACUGGCAACUAUCGAAGCAAGAAGACAACUACAGCAUAUCAAAAUGCGUUCAGAUCCUGAACGGCAUGGUGGAGCUGUCGCAGGUGGAGAAAUCAGUCGCCCCUGAUGUCUUCCUACAGCCUGGCAACCGGGAGAUAUUCAUCUCGCUCGGUGGCGACGUGCGGGCCCUGUGGCUGAAGCGCAAGAUCCAGCACCUGACUUAGGGCAUGAUUCCUAGUGGCGUUUUAAGCAGAGAUUGGAGGUAACAUUAAAUUAUGCUAUAAAUUAUGCAUGUCCUGCUGGUCGUUCGGCAUGUGCAGGAUCUUAGGCUUUUUCCUGUAUACUGAGAUGUAUUUCCGGAUUUCCAUGAUGUAUCGUCUUUGUAGAGCUAGCAGCUGCCAACUGAUAAACCGUUAUAAUAAAAUGAGAUUACGCACCUUCA